AUGCUGCGUAAUCAACGGCGGUGGCUUAUUACUGUCGUUUAUUUGUCCUAUUUGAGUAUCGUUGAUCGAUUUCAAGCACAUUCACUAACAACAAAUGUACCACCAUCAAAUUCACCUGCCGAUUCAUUUAUGGACAAAAUUGAGAAUAUCAAUUUUUUAUUCGUCGAUGAUGAUAACAGCAGUAAUAAUGGUAGCAAUCAAGUGAUGAUUAUUAGAAAUCGUCGAGAUACACUAUCUUUAAGUUUAACUGAUUGGGCAAAAACAGAUGAUAAACAGUUAAUUCAUCAAUCAGAAAUCGAUAUGCCCUGGCAAAAAUUUAUUGUUAGUGGUCCCGUUGGUGUGAAUUUAUUAGGACAAUUGAUGGUAUUAUCAACUAAACUGGAUUUUUCAUUUCGAGAUAGUGCACCGAAUUAUACGUAUCGAUAUGUUCGACAUCCCAAUUCAUUUCGAGCAACAUUAGUUCAGAUAGCAAAUGAUGGUUGGAAAGCAUUUCUUCAGGCGCAUACAAAUAUGAAUAAAAUUCAAUUGUACAUGCAACUGAUACCUGGUCAUGUAAAUACAUCCUUGAAGCUUCUUAUGUUUCCGUCAACACGUUUACUCGAACGAUUAUUACCAAAAACACUGAAUACAAUUGAACAUAUUGGUAAAGCUUGUGUUCAAUUGGCAAUUGCAACAGAAGCAAAAUUUAAAAAUACCCUGGAUUUAUUGGGUGAAGUCAUCGAAUUAACAGAACGUUCAAGAGGUGUUAAAACACAAAAAUUAAAACAAACUCAAAUUGAAUACAAUUUGACAUUAAUCGAAAAAGAAGAUGCGAAUAAACUUGCAGAACAAAUUCGUAAACGUUAUAAUGAAGCCAGAGAAACGGUCAAAAUAGCGCAAGAUGAAUAUCGUAAAGCGUUAAGAGAGAUUCCAACAGGCAUGAUGGCAUUUUUUAGAGAUUUAGGUGGUGAAGUUGUCUACUUAGUUAAUUCAAUUGGUGACCUGAUCAGUAGCAGUAAUAAAAAUAGACAAGGUGUUAGUUAUAGCGCAACUCCGAGGGUUGAAAGUAGUCUGGCAACAAAACAAGCAUUUAUUAUUGUUAAACCGUUUGCAGACAGUCUAGAUAAGUUGAUUCAGAAAGUAAACAUAAUAUUUCAAAAACCUGCAGAUAAAAAACAAAAAAGUAUUUCAAAAAGCAGUAAUAAUAAUAAUACGUCAGAUGAAUUGAGUGUGUUUAAAAUAGCGUUUAAAAUGUUUUUCAAUCGAUUACAGAGUGGAAAAAGUAAUGACAUAAAAGUUAAAGCCAUAAAUAUAUUUAGAAAUGUUAUACAAUUAACAGAUGAUAUAAUUAAGGAAUGGAAAGCAUUCACAUUCGGAGAAAAAGUUGACCAAAACGUGAUUAGUAAGAUACAGAGUAGGUUAGAUGAAGCGACGAAAGAAUUGAGACCACUUGUAACAGCUAGUGAAUUAAAUAGUGACGGUGGAACAUCAAGAAGACCUAAUCACAUUGAUGUUGGCAGCGGCGUUAACUCAAAUAUAAAUAAUGAAAAAAUAAAAGCGCAAUUAGCACAAAAUCGUCUAUAUCGGGCUGAACAACGUUAUGACGCUAUGUUCUUGCAAUUGAAAGAACAAGAACAGGAAAUGACAAAAAUUAUGAUGAGAAUUGCCUCACUAGAUCUGACAAUUGUCGAUUAUAAGCAAGUUCUUGAAUUAUUACGUGAUGCUAUGGGUCUAUUAGCUAAUAUUAAAGAGCAAUGGAGUAAUAUGGCACUAUUUUUUGCUGGAAUCUCGACUCGUGCUCAAAUAGCAUUAAAUGGAACAUUAGUGCCAUUUCUCAACAUUGCUCGUGACACACAUUCAACUAUACUUGAAUAUCGCGAUUUUACUCGUGAAGAACGUGCAUUUUGUAUUGAACAAUUGAAACAAGAAGCAAUCGGUAUUCUAAAUGAAGCAUCACUGUUAUAUAUUAUGUCAAAAACCUAUGUUGAUGUUUCAAGUCAACAUUUAAUGCAACGUCUUGCCGGUCUAUCAAAAUUAUUGACAGCAAAAGAUGAUCAUGAACGAAAUCAAUUAAAUAAUCAGUUGUCAAUUGACACAAAGUUAACACAGCAGCAUGUAACACACUUAGCUAUUAAAAGACGACAAGCAUAUCAUGAUGCUGUUAUUAAAAGGCAAACAGAAUUAACACAAAUCAUUGACAGUCUUGGUGGAUCAUCGGAAACUGACAUAAAAGUAAUCAGUGAUGGGGAAAAGAUUCUUGAUACUUUAGAAGUCAAUGACGAAGUGCAACCAGAUAGUGUUGAUUUUAGCUUAUAA